AUGGAGGGCUACCUCUGGAAACGGGGUCGCAAGGUGCCCAGCAUGAAGCGGCACUAUGCUGUGCUUAAAGGCACCAUGUUGUCCUUCUAUCUCACUCAGGACGAGGCUCAACGUUCUGGAGCCGUACCGAAGCGAGUGCUAGAGAUAAUCGACUUACGGAUCAUGCCGAGCACCUCGUCGACUGAUACGAGUCACCCUCCGCACAUGGUACUCAAAUAUUUAGACGCAGAUGGAGGUGGAACGCUUCAGUGUCGUGCAGACUCGAGAGAGACGCAACAGGAUUGGCUCGAAGCCUUGCAGCACGCACUGAAAGAGCCUGAUCGCAUGGCCCAAGAAGAGAUCACCGAGGUUCAGGAAGAGUUGAGAAGAGACGCUCAAUGUCACAGUCGAGCCGUGCAACAAGCCACCGAAGCUGUAGAAGCUGCUGGACGACACCACCGAGAACAGGCCAAUGCGGAGGCGGCAUUGCAGCAGAAUCGAGAGAUCGCAGUGGAGUUGAACACGCAAUUGGAGACUGCAAGGAUCUUGCAACGUGAGGCGCUACAGAAGCUUGAGACGCUUCAAGGUGCACUGGAAGACGCGAGACAACGCGUCCAUACGUCGUCUUUAGAAACCGAAGAUUCGUCACUCGAUCAAGCGAUGGAAGCGGUGGAAAGGUUGGCAGCCAAAGUGGAAGUGGCAGCUAGUGCAGAAGCCACACACGGACGCAAUGUUGAGCUGCUGCAAGUGCAAACCGAAGCCAACUCGAAGGAGCAACAGGAACUGGUACAGCGCGUGCAGAAAUGUGCUGAGGAGAGUAAAAUCCUGCGCCAAGUAGCCGCUAAGAGUCUGGAAGACGCGCAACGUGCCAAGCAGAGAACCAAACGUUUAGCGUCUUGGGGUGGCGACACUGAAAGCUCUAGACCUUCACAUUUGGACCCACUGGUUGAAGGGUAUUUACUAUGCCAACAUCCCAUGCGAACGACGAUGCAUCGUCGGUACUACGUCCUCACUGGCAACACUUUGUGUUGGUACGCUGAUCAAGACGCGUUCGUCCACAAGAUGGACGCACCGAGUGGCGUUCUGCACGUUGCAGAAGUGUCGGAAUGGGACGGUAAAGUGAAGCCUACUUCACCUAUUCGAAGACUCGUAGUGCCGUUCAGUAGCAGCCCCAAGGCCCAUUCGAACGAGGCGUAUCCGAACGCAUUCGCUGUACUCACCGUUGAAGGGAAGACGCUGCGUUGCAGUGCACCACUUAAAAAGAACCAGGAAGACUGGAUCGCUGCACUUCACGUCGGUCUUACGAUGCCUCCGUUGUCUCCUCAUCGAGCACGAGCCGCCAAGUCACAUCGAAACUCGUUCGAUUUGUUGGCAUCGAUUCCAGUCUCUCCCAAACGACAGGGCAGUGAAGAAGCGAAGAAAGAGGAGACACAAGUGUCGGAGCCUGCGGCAGUUGAAUCCGCCUCAGAAGGGGAGAAAUUGACCUCGGAGGUGGUGGUAGAAGGCUAUUUGGUGGGGAAAACCUCGCUGGAAGAGACCAUGAAGAAGAAGUACUGCGUGCUGAGAGCGCUGACGUUGUACGCCUUCAACACACACCAGGAAGCUGCAAUGGUAGCGCACUCUACCAUACAAAACACGUUCCAUGUCAGUGGCGUAUCCAACUGGGACGGCCACGCUACGCUGAUGCACUACGACCACGGCUUCUUGUUGCAGACCACGGAGCAUCAAAGUAUUUAUUGUAGUGCUCCUAGUCUUCAAGAGAAGAAUCACUGGGUCAACAGUGUACAGCAGGCGUUACUACGGUACCAACACGAGGGCAAUCGAGGCUCUAAAAUGUUCGAGCAAUCAAAAGAUGAAGAAAAGACUGAUCAACCUCAACAUCGACCGUCGUAUGACUCAGCGAGACGUGAAUUCCUCGCCACUUUACAGCGUUACUAUGCUGAAUAUCAUCCAGGUAAGUUGGGUGAUGUACCGAUGCUGCUAUCUCGAUAUCAAGGUCGUGAACAAGCCCUUGUGGAGCACUUGGAUCGUCUUUACGGCACGUCAAUGGCGAGAGAUACAAACGUACAGAUGAUGCUCUCAGCUAUGGCGAAUCCCAUACCACCGCCUCAGCAAGUUCCAGUUUCUCCUGUGCUUCAUUCUUCAGAGGAUCUCUCGGAUUGGUUGAUGUGGAAUAAAGAUGCCACCUCCAGCUUUUGUGUCCUGUCUGGAAAUCGUCUUGAACGCUAUAAGUCGGAAGGUGGAAAGCAGUUGGCUGUUUUUGUAGUGACGGGAGUUCAUGACUAUCCAGCGCCUUCGCCUACGAUGAGCCGAUCGUCUUCGGGAGACCAGGAACUGCAGUUUUACGUAUCAGGUAGACACGAACUGGAAGGUGGUGAGUCUACGCAGUUGCUGGUACUUGAAGCGAGCUCGACUGAAGCUAAACAGAAGUGGAUGGAGAAGUUGACCAGUGCUUUAACACCGGCGUCUAGUGAGUCCAAACCAGAGCCUUUACCAGCCUCAGCUACGCCUCCAAAGGCAACGACAACAACACCUCCUAAGGCAAAGGCAACUACACCUCCAAGAGCAAAGGCAAGUACACCCCCAAAACCUCCAGUGAUUUCUACAGAGGCUACAAAUUUCCAAGAAAAACUGGUGGAAUUUUACCAACGACAUAAUCCUAAACGUGUCGAAGACGUGAAAACUUUGCUCACAAGUUUUGCAGGACGGGAGCGCCAGCUUUUACUGUCUUUGGAUGCCACAUAUGGCACCAGUGUGAGUUCGGACGGAAGUUUCGAUGCUUUCCUGCCUCAAUUAUCGCCCCCAAAUGUGCGUCCAAAUGCUUCAAGUGUUGCUGUCUACCGCGAAGGUUAUUUGUCAGUGAAACAUCCGCGCUUAGGAGCUUCGUAUCGCAAGUGCUUUUGUGUACUAAAUGGUACAACUUGGCAUUGUUUUGACAGCAGCGUCGUCGCUCACAGUGGCCACGCAGCUUUACUAUCGGACGUGGUUGUGAGUCUACAUCCAGUAACCGCAAAACUUGCCGAAACGUUGACAUUUCCUUUGGAAACGCAAACCAACGGCGUUAUUUUACUGCGUUCGGAUGCUGCUGAAAUUGUUCACGACUGGACUCAAGCGUUACGAGUUGCAGUGGCGAGUCAACCGAGUGUUCAUCCAGUGACUGAGAAGAAAGAUCUCGGUAGUUCUUUCGACCAACUUCGCGCUCGAAUUGUGGGUUUUUACGAGAAGCAUAACCCGUCAAAAGUUUCCGAUGUGGAUACUUUACUUCAGUCGUUCCAAGGACGUGAAGGUGCGUUGCUGGAGCAGAUUGACACUGUCUACAAGAGUCACCUGGCGACGGAUCCGGUAUGCACGUCGUUGUGUGCUGAUCUCGCUGCAAAAUUCGCAGAGAAUCAGAGCUUUUCCGAUAGUAAAAUAUCAGAAGUUCCAAGUGACGAAGCUAUUCUAAUGGAGGGAUAUCUCAUGAAACGUGGCCACAAGAUCCCGUCUAUGAGGAAGCGAUACUGUGUGCUUAUCGGCAACGAGCUUACGUACUACGUCACACAUGAUGACAGUAAGAAUCCUGGCGGUGGUGCCACGACAAAUCCGUUGGGUAAUUUCCGAGUAGAAAUUGUGGGCGACUGGCAUGGCAAAACUGCCACACACACGUAUGAACAUGCGAUGGAACUCGAGACAACAGACGGCAAAACCUUCUUCUGUGCUGCUGCCACAGCCAAGGAAAAGCAACAGUGGGUCGACGCUUUUCGUCGUGGUAUCGCGAUCUCUCGAAUUGAUCAACGAGAGCAUGACGGUGCUGGCGAAACAGAGCACGAUCGAAAAUUGCGAGAACAAUUUCGCGAUAAAUUGGCAGAUUUUUAUCGUGUCCGCAACCCGGCGAAGCUCCCAGACCUGGAUUUACUAUUGAGUUGCUAUGUUCAGCGUGAACUGGCACUGUUGCAGGCUAUUGAUCAAGCGUAUGGAACGAGUUUGGCAGCAGAUGAGAAUCUAUUGGCACUUUUGCCGCCGCAUCCUGAUCAAGCCACAGCUUUGGCAACCUUGAAACUAGAUGGAUAUUUGAAGAAAACAACGGGUGAAAGUUCGACUUCCCUUUGGAAACGUGCGCAAACGGUGUAUGUGGCAAUCGAUGGACUGAAAAUUUCCCUCUUUGCCACACGUGAAGGAUUCAAAACUGGAGGUGCCGGAUUAGGAGAAGGAAUGAUUAUUUUGGCAGUGAAAGACGACGAUUAUCACUCAGCAGCGAAUCGUUUUGCAGUAGAAACGAGUGAUCACGAAUGGCUUCGCUUUGAGGCUCAUGAUACUAUGGAAAAGCGUCUGUGGGUGCAAGUGCUACGUGCAGCAUUAGACACGGUGCUGGCUCAGAGUUUAUUAGCGGAUGAAGGUGUGGAGUCGAGCGAAGACAUUGAUGCUCAUGGUUUCUUACUGUUAAGAAUGGACUUUAACUAUCCACAAGAAGAGCAUUGGAAGCGACGAGAGAUGGCUACACCAAUUGAAGAACGCAGUGUGACACUGGAAAAUGGGAACGAAUUUGUGAUAACCAAAUCGACAAAAAUUGGGGAAGAGGCACGGUUUAGAGUGGUGAGUACUCGAGCGUGGACACCUGGAGCGCGUUGUUGGCCUGUGACAGCAGGGAACCGAGCACCCCGUUUUCCCUUCCAGAUUGUGACACAGGAACAAUUUGUAUUGAGUUGUAGUGCAGCUACAGACGCAGAGCGAGCGAAAUGGAUUCGUCAGCUACGUGUGGGUGCGGAACAAGCCGCAGCCCUGGAAAUGCUAGAGGAUCAACUUUUAGAGACUAGAUCUCCCAUGUCGCUCAGUCGUCGAAGUCUGGUGGCUAGAAGAGACCACGAUUUCGACGAUCACGAGAGCGUUGUACACGUUCAACCUGCUUUUUCACGUCAAAGUGAUGAAGAGGAACCUCCAAUGACGGGGUAUCUGUCUUUCCGUCUUGCCAAGUCUCCACUUCCGUCAAGUGAAGCUCGACACACUUCUCAAAUGACAACUGCAAACGAAGCUUUUAUUGUGUUGAAUAUGCGUGGACUAGUCGCUGUCUAUGAAGAUGAAAGUGCGUAUUAUCGCCAUGAUACACCGGUAUGUGAAGCUCAAGCUAUAGAGCUUUUAUCUGACGGAGUGGCUUCGAUUUCUUCGUCUGCACAUAGUCCGAAGACGAAAUCGAAGCUGCGCCAUCUGUUUCCUGGAACGAAAGAUGCAAUAACGCCGUCCUUAGCGUUUGCGGUGGUACUUCAUCCACUGGCAGAAAUGAACUCAAGUUAUGACGAAAAUACUUCAAUGCUAGAGUUUUUCCCUACUCUUCCGUCUCAACGUGAUCAGUGGAUGGAAGCAUUUGCCAAUCGAAUCGAUUUUGCAAGGGGUGAAGCGCUGCUAGCCGAUGAGAAAAUCAUCUUAAAACUCGAACGAGAAGAAGAAGAGAAACACGAAGAUGUAAAGAUUGGCAACGAACAUGACAGUAGUGGCAAUGACGGCACUGACGACAGUGGAUUCGAGGACAAACCCUUGACUCUGGACGUGUCCGAAGCGGACGUUAGCGAACCAAUUGAAAAAGACACCGAGUCUUCGGGUUUCGUGUUUAGAACUGCAGCAAUGGAGGGAAUUCUGACCCCAUGGCAGACAUCAACGUCUCCUAUUCGCAUCCCUGGCAGCUCCAAAAUGAAGCCGACAAUGCCCGUGUACGCAGUUCUCGUUGGUUGUCGUUUGCGAUGUUUUUCGUCUCGAGAGGCAGCCACAGCUGCUACAGCAUCAAUAGAUGACGAACCCCCAUCUCUUGAUAUCGAGAUCACGGCGUGUUCAUCGUGGGAAGCGCCGACUGCAUCAUGGUUGACAAUUGGCAAAGAAGAGGAGAAUUUAGGUAUUAAAAUGGACGUCAAAGGUUCUCGUCACAGUACGUGCUUCACCGCUCCGAAUACUGAAGCCAAACAGCAGUGGAUUCAAGUGGUACAACACGAACUUAGUUUUAUCGUCGCAGAGCGAUCUCUGAGUAUUACAGAGCGACAGUUCACUCAAGAAGUAGCAGCUCAUUUAGCCAGUAUCGCUGCUGCAACAGAAGCAGGAAACGACAACACUGACACAACGCAAACGAAAGGAUAUCUUCGAGUUCGCCACCAUAAUUUGGGAUCUAUUUGGCGCGAACGGUUUGUGGUGCUGGAAGGGAGCACUUUGACAGUUUUUUCAGAAAAUUGUCAACUUGAUGAAGAAGGUAAACCUCGUUUUCCAGAUUUGGCAGUGGAAAAACACGAACUUGUGGGAGUGGAGAAAUGGCAUCCCGUUUUUACCAGUCUGGGCCGAAGUGGCUCUGGGUUGAAAGGUACAGGCUUUCGAGCCGAAACGAGCAGCGGUGUGUACUUGGAAUUCAUUGCGACGACCGCAGAGGACGCUUUUAAGUGGAAAUCUGCCAUCACAGCUGCAACUACGAAAGAAUCCGCAACAGCCACUGUGUCACGCGAUGCCACAUUGCCAUUUAUCCCUGGAGCGAGAAUGGAGGGGUAUCUAAAGUUGAAAGAUCCUCAGAAGUCAAAUAAAAAGAAAACUGUGAAGAUGAAGCCGUUAAAGCUCUGGAAAACUCGCUACUGCGUCGUCAUGGGCUCUCACUGGCUCGUAUACGCGAACCAAAGUCAAGCUGUUUCGUCUGGUGAAGCUCCGACUCCUGUGGCAGUGUACGAACUGCUAGGUAUUGCAAUAACCGACGGAGAUGAUGGAACCAUGAACGAGUUCUCGAUCCACGUCGUUCCUGGUCGACAGGUCAAGUGCAGAGCUCGCUCGAGUCUGGAGCGAAAACGCUGGGUUAAUGCUGUCGAAGAUGAGUUAUCGGUACAGGCCAAGACAACAGAAGAUCUCGAGAGAUCCGCCAAACAGCAUGAGGAGAAACUGGCUGCUCGUGAAGCGGUUAAGAGCAAGUUGCACGAGGUUAAAACGGAUGCCAGGCGCUUGUCGGCACUGCUAGGGGAGGCAAUUCAAAGCGCGCAAGGGGAUUCGGAUUCCGACUCAGAAACGCGAGGAGAUUCCUCGGAUGAGGAUUCUUCACUGCGUCAGCGUUCAGGGCCGGAUUACAUUGAUGGGAGUCCAGAGAGCUCCCCGAUGAGAAGAAAUGUGGGGGAAACUGUGUUCACGUUCGACACACUCGACGUCCCGAAGGAUUCAACGACUCAGAGGAAGGAUUCUCCUUCGUUUUUGAACUGCUUCGCGUGUUUCUUCCGGUGUAUCCCAGUGAAUUCAACGGGUUCGAAUGGCAGGAAUGUCAUCGCUCCGCUGGGAAUACCUGGUUACCCUUCAACUGCUGCAGCGUGUAACCCACUGUACACCUGCGAAUACUACGAAGACGACGGGUAUCGCGGGUUAGCCAAGUGAGAAACAGUCGAUUCAUAGCAUGAACUAACACCGUCGAUAAUGCUUACCGUCAGAAUCUAAGUCUUUUCGGCUGAGAGUUCAGUUCUUCAGUAGGGGCUUACAUUUUAAUUAAAGUGAAGCCACGUUUCGCAGAGCCGUAAGCCACCAUUAUCCUCGACGGGAAUAAGACCGUUAAAGCAUUUACGAACCUGUAUUGCUUUAGUAUAAAUAGUAAAUUGUGUGCCAUCCUGG